AUGGAGCACAUGUCGUCUCCCGUGCGCUUCAGAAACAAGAAAGCUGCCACUCUCUCAGAAAAGGAGUUGGCCAGUUUGUCCAUUUCAAACACAGACGACUCCCAGUGUCCUUUCGCCAUGAGGGACCUGCCCCCCUGCAGCUUCUCUGACCACUCACUCCUCUCUCACCCCGCCUCAGUCAUUAACUCUGGGGCCGAGGUGACCAACAGCAGCCAGCCCAGGACCUGCAGUCUGCCCCGGCCCACUCCCCUCAGCCAGCCUGGGUCUCCGGUGGUCCCGCACAGACCCGGCAGGUCGGGCUCCAGCGCAGACUUCAGCCCGGCUCUUAGGAGGCAGUUGGUGUCUGUGGGGUCCCUGGACUCGCCCCUCAGCCCCUCCUCACGGCCGCAGAGCCCCUGGGGACGCUUUGACCCCUACGACUCGCCAGAGGAUCAAGACAAAGAGUAUGUGGGUUUUGCGACUCUUCCAAACCAGGUCCACAGGAAAACAGUGAAAAAGGGCUUUACCUUCACUGUCAUGGUGGCUGGGGAGUCUGGUCUCGGUAAAUCCACCCUCGUCAACAGCUUGUUCCUCACAGAUUUGUACAAAGACAGAAAAGUCCAGAAUGCAGAAGAGCGCAUCAGUCAAACAGUGGAUAUUGUCAAACACACGGUCAGCAUAGAAGAGAAAGGCGUCAAGUUAAGACUGACCAUAGUGGACACUCCGGGGUUUGGAGAUGCAGUCGACAACACAGAAAGUUGGAAGCAUCUGGAAGAGUACAUAGACCAGCAGUUUGAGCAGUACUUCAGAGACGAGAGCGGACUGAACCGGAGGAACAUUCAGGACCACAGGGUUCACUGCUGCUUGUACUUCAUCUCACCCUACGGACACGGGCUUCGUCCCAUUGAUGUCCAGUGCCUCAAAGCUCUACAUGAGAAAGUGAAUAUUAUCCCCAUUCUGGCCAAAGCCGACUGCCUCACAGCAGCAGAGAGGCACAAGAAGAAGAUGAAGAUCCGAGAGGAGCUCAAACACUUCGGCGUCAGCAUUUACCAGUUUCUGGAGUACGAUUCUGAUGAAGAGGACGACUUGAAAAGACAAGACCAAAUCCUCAAGGACAGCAUCCCGUUUGCGAUCAUCGGGAGCAACAUCCAAGUGGAAAGUAACGGCCGGAGAGUCAGAGGGCGACAGUAUCCCUGGGGAGUGGUGGAAGUGGAGAACCCAGUGCACUCAGACUUCCUGCUGCUGAGGAACAUGUUGGUUCGCAGCCACAUGCAGGACCUGAAGGACGUGACGCGGGAGUCGCACUACGAGAACUACAGAGCUCAGUGCAUCCAGAGCAUGACCCGCCUGGUGGUGCACGAGAGACAGCGCAGGUACCAGGGGUCAGGGUUCAGUUUACGAGAGAAACAUCGAGAGGGAAGCCUGGCAGAGCUCCCUCUUCCUUUGGGCAUCGACCCUGAGACGGAGAGACUGAUAUUUGAGAAAGAUGAAGAGCUGAGGAAGAUGCAGGAGGUGCUGGUGAGGAUCCAAGAGCAGAUGAAGAGCAGCCACAACGGGAGCAGCUGA